AUGGUCCUCAAAAUCCGCCUCGCCCGCUUCGGCAAACGCAACGCCCCCUUCUACAACAUCGUCGUCGCGCAAGCCCGAACCGCCCGCAACUCCAAACCCCUCGAAGUCCUCGGCACCUACGACCCGAUCCCGAAACCCGCCCCCCAGGGCGAGGGCAAACCGUUCAAAGAUAUAAAGAUGGAUACGGCGAGGGCGAAGUACUGGUUGGGAGUGGGCGCGCAGCCGAGCGAGCCGAUGUGGAGGUUGUUGAGUAUGAUUGGUUUGAUGGAGCCGAAAUACAGUAUACAGAAGAUGCAGCAGGCGGAGGCGGAACAGAGGGCGGCGCGGAAGGAGGAGGCUGCGGAUGCCUUGGAGGGACGAUAA